AUGCCGAAACAAAGUGCGAACACGAAAAAGACAAGGGUUCCACGAGUUGUGAAAUUUGGAUCAGACUUCUCAGGCUUGGACAGCGCCUGGCUGGCCUUGAAACGCAUGAAAGUAAAAGCUCAGCUUUGCUUUAACAGUGACAGUGAUGCUAACUGCAAAAAGCUGCUGCAAAAGAUCCACAAGCCUGAGGCCUUUCACGACGACAUUGCAGCCAGGAAGCCGCAAAGUGAACAGUACGUGGACCUCUACGUAACAACACCGCCAUGUCAGCCGUUUUCCAUGGCUGGACAAAAGAAAGGCCUCAAAGACAAGAGGGGGCAACUGCUAAAAUUUAGCGUUGCUUUUGUCUCUCGCCAAAAGCCAAGAGUGGUGGUGCUUGAGAACGUGGCAAUGUUCGCAAGUAAAAAAUUCAAGCCAGUAACCCGAGGACUGCAGCGAGCGUUCAAGAAGCUUGGCUACGUUUGCUUCGCGCGAGUCUUGAACAGCGCAGACUUCAAGGUCUCGCAAGCCCGUCGUCGUUUCUUCUUAGUUGCGAUCCGGAAGGACAGCCUCCACCAUCCCUUUCACUGGCCGCAACCUGUGGGAAAAAGAAACUUGGAGGAUGACUUGGACCCAGCGAGGCCAAGCGACCGGCCCGGGCGGCUGCCGAAGACGAAAAGGGCUAGAGACCUUGCGUUGGCUGCUUACGGCCAAGUUUGGAAGAAACAAAAGCUAGAUCCCAGACAGGUCCCAGUUGCCGUGGACAUUGACUGCUCUCCCCGAUUUGCUUCCUACGGCGUGAACCAAUUGAAAACUUUGACAAAAUCAAGAGGCAGCUGUGGCGGCCACUGGCUGUCCAACCGAGGCCGCAAAAUGACGAUCAAUGAAUUGAUGCGAGUGACGGGUAUCAACCCCAUCGAACUCCGUGGCUACAAAGAAGAAGGCAUCAGCGAUGCUCAACUCGGCGGCAUGCUGGGUAACAGCAUCCCUGUGCCCCUCAUCUUAGGAGUGCUGACGCAGGCCAUGAAAGCAGGAGGCUUGUUGUUUGUGCCCAAAGGACAAAAGGAGACUUAG